AUGCAGGCUCGAAAUCCAACAAUGUGUUAUGAUUCGAUCAACGAUUGGGUCUACUGGUAUGGAGGUGAGCCGUAUGCAGAAAACAAGACGAACUUUCCCACGGUUUGGGGAUUCCCUAUAGAAAACGAAGGAAAUGUCAAAUGGCAAGCUAAGUAUACUGCUGGCAUUGGCAGAAUCUCUGAGCAAGAUUAAUCUUUCUCGGGGUUUACUGAGCUCUGUUCAUCUGCAUACGCUCCCACCGCAACGGCAUAUUACUCCCUUGGCGGGUAUAUAUCUUACGCGAAUGACCCUGCUGUAACUGGGAUAGGAGGGUAUAGGCCAGGUCAAUAUUUUCUCUCUUCUUUUCGUAGCUUCUAUAUCGGCCUUAGCCAAGAAGAUGAUUCCUCCGAUGUGGCUCGGCGCUUGACGCUGCCAGAGCCCUGGAAAGAAAUAAUGAAAAUAUAUCAUUUACUAACCACACAGUCCAUAGCAAUCUCAGGCUUAGUCAAGUAUGACUUCCGGAAUCAGACAUGGAGCAAUUCGAGCACUGUUGGGAUGGCUGGUUAUGAGGAGGGGUUUUCAGUGGUGGGACAAGGAGUCUUUGUGCCAAUAUUCGGACAAGAUGGUAUAAUCAUCUUUCUUGGUGGUGACUCGCCUACUAGUCAAGAUUGGAAGAUGGCUUCGUCCUUGCAGCCCAUGUCCCAAAUCACAAUAUUUGAUGUCUCCAGUGGCCAAUCCUACUCCCAACCGGCCACUGGGACUUCGAUACCCGUUUCUAGGGUGUCAUUCUGUGCGGUUGGAGUUGGAGCAAGUGACAAUUCUACGUGGGAAAUGUAUGUUUGAUGAUUUCAUACUCCAAACAAAAUACAAAGAUAUCACUAACAUAAGAAUGGCCACAGAUUUAUGUACGGCGGCAAAAGAACUUCUUCUAUCAAUCAUCCUCUAGACCCAAAAACUCUUCCUGAUCUCAGUGCUAUAUAUAUACUUACACUCCCAGCGUUUGAAUGGUUUAAAGCUCCAGUAGAUGUAACAAAUCGCCUGGAUCAUCAACGUGAAGUAAUGGGAAGCAGACAGAUGCUUAGCAUAGGCGGUAUCAUCGAAAAUAACGUCACGCACAAAGAUCCUUGGGCAGAUGGACUGGGGAUAUUGGACAUGACGGAGGUCGCUUGGAAAACGGAAGACGAUCCCCAUGCAGCUCCCUAUACACCCUCUUCUAUUAUAAAGGAACAUUACCAGGAUUCAACCAAACAUUAUCCAAAGUCAUGGGGUAACCCUGCCCUCGAGUUCAUUUUCAGGGCGUCACGAAAUAUCAGCAAUGUGGCCCAAAAUAAUACAGCUUCCCCCAAGGCGUCACCCAAAGACACACUUGCAGACCCGACAAAGGUUCCCUCUGCAGCGAAUGAGCCACCAGAGCAGAAAUCGACCCAUAGCACCCCCAAUACCAAUACAGUAGUUGGAGUAACAAUCGGUAGUGCAAUCGCUCUGGUUUUUUGCCUUAUCAUUGUUCUCUGGAAAAAGUCAGCACACGCACGCUCAUUCAUCACCAAACGCCUGGCUUUUCUCCGUCUCUCUACUCCAACCCCAAAACACAAUUCAUCUGUAUCCAACUUGACAGAGCCGCAACUAGUAGAAAAAGACGGUUUUCCAAUAUGGGAAGUAGAUGGGAAAGAUCGCCAUCUGGAGAUGGACGCGGGAUUUCGUGCAGAAAUGAGUGGCCAACAUGGUGUCUCUGAGUUGCAAAAUACUUCGCCCAUGGAAAGGAGGUUUUCUGGUUAUGUAAUGGCGAAUGGCUCGCUUGUUGAGUUGCCGAUCUGA